AUGGAAAACACUAACCAAGCUAAUACAGGAAUUGUAGGAGCCCGAAAAGAACCUUCUAUAGAUCCAGUCAAAGCGGAGGGAAUUUUUUGCAUUCAUACAAGUGAUACUUCCAGGGCAUCUGUGACGAAGAAGAAGAAAGAGGCAGCCCGCCUUUGGCCACAUCGUUGGGGAUUUUACAAACACCUUAGAGAAAUACAAGAGGAGGAAGCUCAAAAAAUUGGUUUAAAUCUUGAAGAAUACCGAGAUGCUCUUCGAUCUGUUAAUUGUAAACCUGAGAAACCUAAGGAUACUGUAGCAGUGGAACCUUCGCCAAAACCCCUACCACUAACCACUUCUGGCAUGAUUGGUCAUCGAGCUAAAUGUACACUAGAAAAAUUCGGGAGACUUGUCAACACGUCUCGUAACUACCCAACCAGACCACCCCUGCCACCAGGACAAAUCUACGAUCCCUAUAAGCAAACAUUGAUUUUCCUCGGAAGCGUGGAAGGAAACCCUAUAUCAUACAAAUUACCACCAGCACGACACGACAUAAAGGACGAAGUAUGGGCGCAACCACAACAACUGUGUGUAUCACCAUAUGAAAAAUUAUUGCAUAUUCAAUGAAAGGUGGAAUGAGGAUAUUUUUCAUAUUAUCACAGAUGAAUAAUUGUUUCUAAAGUAAAUUAAUUAUUUUAUUGAAUAAUGCCACUACAACAAAGGCCGGUUUCACUGUAUGCUGAUAAUCCCUAAUAGCCCUUUUUGGCAUACAUUUUCGUAGAUUAUGUGACUAUUAAAUAACACAUAUACUAAACGGAAUAUAUCAGGAAGUUGUGAAAGCGUUUCUAAGAGUG